AUGGCAUUGCAGGCCGUUACCAAUGCCUUCAUUAGGCGACUGCGACUAUCGGAGCGACCAUUGAGUGCAGCGUGGACCGCGCAGUGCCGAAGAUAUGCUUCGACAGACGCGCAGAAGGAGGUCGAUGAACUUGAGUACUCGCCCUUCCAGACCACCACUUCCGACACGGCAGCGCAGAAGAUAGAGCAAUUCGAUCCGGCUGGCAAUGCGCGAAAACGAAGGCGCCAACUGCCAUCAAGCAGAUACAACUUCCGUCCACCAAAGUACUACCGCGGACCGCUUCAUCCCCACCAACCUCCUCCACCCUCCGAUCCAGCAUCGCGCGAGUUCUAUGCCGGACCCUUCACUCUUCCACGUCUCGAGCAGACAUACAACGAUACCUUCGCGCCGGAUCUGAUGACCAUGGCAUAUACACACUACCCACCAGCAUUCGAACGACCGCAGAAGGGGGAACGUCUCAGGCAAUGGGUUGGAGAUUCGCCAUACUUCAAGAACAGACCGCGUCGUGGGCCCAGAGGAUACGAUGUACUACCACUUCUGCGCAAGCCCAUCACCUUCCGCAACGUGCCGAGACUGGAAGGCGUUACUGUACACACAAUGGUCAAGGGCGCCAUCGAGGACAGUGCGCAUCUGCACAUUGCAGGUAUGGUUACGCAAGCGAUCACCAAUGUUCGUGCAACUGCACACGAGACCAGGAGGAGCGUUGCAGGCUUCGGCAUCCGUCAAGGCCAGCACUUGAGUGUGACUUGCGAGUUGAAGGGGGAGAACAUGUACCAUUUCCUCAGCAAAAUUGUCGACGUAGUAUUGCCCAAGAUCAAGGACUGGAAGGGUGUCAAGGGGUCAUCCGGCGACAGCUCUGGCAACAUUACAUUUGGUCUGACUGGCGAGGAGGUUGCCCUCUUCCCCGAAGUGGAGGUCAAUUAUGACAUGUAUCCACCAAAGAUGAUCCCGGGUCUUCAUGUCACCGUUCACACCUCAGCAAGGACCGAUCGCGACGGAAGACAGCUCCUCUCUAGCAUCGGCAUCCCCUUCCACGGCAAGCUGGUCAACUAA